GAGAAAAUGCCGCCAGGUACUUCGAGUCUUGCAGAUUUAGGUGGAGUAGUCGGUAUCUGGUAAUUCUCAGUUUGAACAUUGUCUUCAUAUUGUUGAAUUGCUGAACAUGAAAAUAGGGCUCCUUUUGAGGUUCUCGUAGAAGAAGACCUCCAAGGACCCGAUUGGCGUGCAGAAUUUUACGAGUAUGACAUUGAACGUUUUAAAGAGAAACUUCCCCAUGUUAUCUUGUUCUCCAAACAGUCGCAUUUUGGUCAAAAUGGUUCGAUUAUAUAUGGUGAGCUAAUACAGCUUAUCGUCGCAAUGCGAGGCCGCGCCUACCAACCUAAAAUGGAUAUCGAUGAAGAUGCAGAUGAAGAAGAUCUCAUCAUUCCGGAAAAUGCCGAGUUUGUAUUCAAGUAUGAACAAAGAUUUCCGACCCUAAUGAUUUCCCUUGUCGGCCCUCAGCAUGCACGGAUUUACUAUGCCUGCAUGGAUGGUUCAGAAUUGAUUGUACGACAAUCAUCGCUUUUCAGCUUUGAAAAACGCGAGACUGCCCCUCUCGACUACUUUGCCAGAUUCCUUUCGAGUGAACCACUGAAAGAAGACAAGAAGGAUUGUGUGAAUUAGUUUAGCUCUUUACACCUCAGCUAUAUCAUUACCUUUUAAAACUUUGCUAAUGAUCUCUGUUCAAUACAUGGGAGUUCCCG